UACAACUGGUUCUAUCACACAAUUCCACAGCGUCAUAUGAACAAUCGUGUCAUGUACUGGCCACGCGGUCGUGUUCUCGGGGGAAGCUCGUCCCUGAAUGCCAUGGUCUAUGUGCGUGGGCAUGCCAUGGACUAUGAUCGUUGGGAAACAGAGGGUGCACAAGGCAAGUGA